UCGGAGUCGGUGUGUGUCUGUGUGUGGGGGGGUGUGUGUGUGCAUUCUUACCUCGGUGGUCGGCUGUACCUGAAAUUUAGCGUUACGUUUGUGAGCUGAGACUCGACUGCGCGCCUCUCGGCCUCGGCGGCGAGCUCUGCACCCGGCUGACGCACACCGGCGUCACCAUGAGCACCGGCCGCACCGGCAAGAAGCGGCGUCGGCCGGCGUCGCGGUCGGCUCGCGCCGGCCUCCAGUUCCCGGUAGGCCGCAUCCACCGGUACCUGCGCGCCGGCGAGCGCCGCCUGAGGCGCGUGGGCGCCGGCGCGCCCGUCUACACGGCCGCUGUCAUGGAGUACCUCAGCGCCGAGCUGCUGGAGCUGGCCGGGAACGCCGCUCGCGACAACAGGAAGAGUCGCAUCACGCCCCGGCACCUGCUGCUGGCCAUCGCCAACGACGAGGAGCUGCACAAGUUCUUGCGCGGGGUGACCAUUCCCCAGGGCGGCGUACUACCCCGUAUUCACCCGUCGCUGCUUGUGAAGCGGGGCGACACGGCCUCCAUGCCGGCGGUAACGGCGUCCACGUCUCAGUCAGGCUCCGCCACCGCCGCGCAGAAGAAAGUCGGCGUGGUGGCGCCCACCCCACGCGCCCCGCCCAAGAAAGCGGCCGGCAGGCGAGCCAAGCCUAACGCCAAUCUCGCCCCGCUCUCGGAGAAGAAGCUGUUCCUCGGCCAGACGCUGCACGUGGUGAGCGGCGACAUCGCGAUGGCGAGCGUGCAGGCGGUGGUGCACCCGACCGCGUCCGGCUUCGCUCUGGCGGGGCAGGUGGGCGCCGCGCUGGAGGCCGUCGAGGGACCCCGGCUACGACGCGCCCUCGAGGAGCUGCGCAAGAGCCACGGCCCUCUGGCACCCUGCGGAGCGACGCUCUCUCCCACCAAUAACGUGCCGGCCAACUGGAUCAUCCACGUCAACGGGCCCACCCACACUGACACCAACAUCGGGGACAAGCUGACCAAGUCCGUCAAGAACUGUCUGGCCGUGGCCGACCAGAAGAACCUCAAGUCGAUCGCGCUUCCGUCCAUCGGCAGCGGCAAGGGUGGUCUGGAGAAGGCGGACGCGGCCCGCAUCAUCCUACGCGCCAUUCACGACUACUUCGUCAACGUCAUGUCCUCGUCGCUCAAGGACGUCUUCUUCGUGCUCUUUGACGCUGAGAGUCUGGCCGUGUACCGCGAUGAAUUGGCCAAGCUGGACGCCUGAGGUGGCCAAGCUAGACGCCCAAGGUGGCCAGGCUGGACGCCUGAGGUGGGCAGGCUGAACGCCUGAGGUGGUCAGGCUGUCUGAUUGUCCGGUGCCUGUCUAGCUGUGGCCGCUCUGUCCAGCGGCCAGUGCGCGCGGCUCGACAGCUCCGUCAGCUGUGGGGCUGGGCGGCCGAGGGUCGCAUGACUGACAGCUGCUCUCUCCCUGAAAGUUUCCCUGAAAGGCCACCUCGCUUUCUCCGUUUUGAAGUGAGCUGGGCAUCGCUCUUCUCUUCUGAAAAUAGUCUCGUGCUGUCAUAGGUUUCUGUUCACGUCACGUGUCCGUGGUCGCUGACAGCCUUUUGCACCGUACCUUGCCGGGUAUCCACUGCCUUAGAUGUGGAUGAUGCAGUAUGUAGUGCACGGAACUCUGUAGUGGCGGCGGCAUGCAGCUGAGCACAUACGUACGCCCGGCACGCAGUCAGAUAUGUAGACGUUAGAGUUGCAUUGUAGUUUGAUGGCCAGACCUGCUGACGACGACAGGCACGCUCUGGUGAAGCUCACGUACGCCAGCUCGCCGCUCGGACGUAGUUUACGCGCGCUAACUCACGCCGCCGGCCUUCACUAUUCGGCAGCUGUUUGCCUUUUGUGCGCACUACACACGGCGUCGUCCAGUGCAGCGUGGUGCGCUCGCUGGAGCAGGCUGCCGCGACGGUCAGCGCGGCGCGUCGGCAGCCGCAGCCGAGUGGCUGGUGUCUCCUGUCGACAGAGACCGGCUGCC